AGGGCCGGUGAUUAUUCUCUCCGGGAAAAACCUCUAAAGCCCUUGUUUGCUACGGCCUAACCAGUCAUCUGUAGUUGGAAAUCCCGUCAGUUUUUCUUAAUCGCUCUCUUUAAGGGUUUGAUGUUUGUCUCCUUUUUGUGAUCGUAGCAUGGAGGGAUUGCAUAAAGUGAUCCGCAACUUUUCCAAAGACCCAAAAUCGGCCUCUUCUUCUUCUUCAACCUUUGAUAUUCCCCGUGUCAACGAAGGAAUCUCCGCCGCUUUAUCUUCCCCAGAUCAGUCUCGCCUCUUGGUCUCCAGACCUCCCAGAAAUGUUGUUUCACUGUGGACAUGCUCAAAGCUGUGUGCAAUUUGCUUUGUGGUGGGAGUGGUGGUUGGUUACACUCUCAAGCGACGUGUCAGACGCUGGGCUUCCAGACUCCUCAAGCGCUUGAAAGAUGAUUGACCCUUUUUGGUCCUCUCCUCCUUAUGUUGUUUUAAUUUCAAGUUUGCUGUUAACAGGAAGAACCAAAAAGAAAAUGGUACUUUAAUUGUGAGCGUUUAACUUCAGCAAAAAUGCGAUUUGGAUAUAAAUUUCAAAACAAUUGGU